UUAAUAUAUUAUAUUGAAUUAUUUAAAUAGCAACCACAAGGCGAAGUAAAAAAAAACUGUUUUCUAUGUGAUAAGCCGGUUUAUAAAAUGGAAGAAGUAAAAGCUGAAAAAAAUAUUUACCACAAGAACUGUUUCCGAUGUAAUGAAUGCAACAAGCAAUUGAAACUAGAUACGUAUCAAAGCCACGAAGGAGUUGUAUAUUGUACUAUACACUUCAAGUCAUUGUUUGCUCCUAAAUUUGUUGAAGAUGUCGAGCCAAUUCAGCCGAGAAAACCAGAAUUAAUAAUACGUGAAAAUCAACCGACUGAAUUACCACCGGAUGUUGUCAGAGGUAUGAUUAUUUCAUUGAUAUUUUUAUAACAUUUGUAUAAUUUU